AUGUGCGGCCCAGACCACAAGCCAUUGCUCAGCCUACUCGACCCAGACCGCCAGACACGGCAGAUCCCAUCGCAGCGGGUCCUGCGGUGGAAUGAGUUCCUCAACUCAUACACCUACAAGCUCAUCUACCACCCCGGCAAGGCAAUGGGCCACGCAGACACCCUCAGCCACCUUCCACUGCCGCAGAAGGAUCCAGCCCCAGCCCACCACGUGAUGCUCCUGGAGUCUCUGCUGGAGCGGUCCCUCCACGCAGCAGAGCAUCGAUAUCUUUGCAGAGCCCCACCAGAUCUCAUGCAACAGCCGCAGCAAGAGUUUAUCAUUUUGCUUCAAGUGGUGGUGGUGGUGGUGGUGGAGAGGCAGCGGAAACAGGAGCGCCAGCCAGGAGUACAGUGGGCUAGGAGUACAAUGAUAGAUGACAAAAUCAACGCAAGAGGACUAGGAAUACAGCAGGCUGGCAUUGUGCGAGGCCUCAUGGAUACAGGGAGUGUAACAAUCUUUUUGCGGAAUAUUUCAAGCACAGGUGUGCCUGCCAGCCCCUCCCCGGAGAGAAUGUCUUUUCUGAACCUAACACUUGGCAUUUUCAUCUUGGUGUCCUUACUGGUGGGGACCAUUUUCAAUGGCCUCUUCCUCUGGGUGCUGGGGAUGAAGAUGAAGAGGACGGUGAACACUCUCUGGUUCUCCCAUCUGAUUUUUACCUACUUAUUUUUCUGCACCUUUCUGCCUUUCUUUGCUGUCUACAGCUUCUUUGGAUUCCGCUGGGUCUUCGGCACGUUGAUGUGCAAAGUUAUCAUUUUCCUGUUUUCUCUGACAAUGUUUACCACUGUCUUUCUCCUCACCAUCAUCAGCCUGGACCGUUACCUGCUCAUCUGUCACCCUGUGUGGUCCCAGCACAACCGCACAGUUCCCCAGGCCCGGAAAUUCAUUGUGGGAGUAUGGCUCUCUUCCUUUGUCCUCAGCGUUCCCUACAUGGCUUUCCAGGAGACACAAGCAACGGAUUCUGGCGGGAUGAAAUGCACCAGCAAUUUCGUUUUCUCCAGGGACAGGGAUGGGCCUGAAAUGCAGACCUUGAGGAACCGUAUUCACUUAGCGCUCUUUGUGGUCCGGUUUCUUCUGGCCUUCCUACUUCCCUUCCUGAUCAUCACAAGCUGCCAUUGUAGGAUGGGUUGGGAGAUGAAGAAGAAAAGGCUGGUGAGGAACAGAAAGCCAUUCCGGGUCUUGGUGGCAGCCGUGGCCUCCUUCUUCAUCUGCUGGCUUCCUUACCAUCUCUAUCACAGUUCGACAACGCACUGGGAAUCGUUUAGAACGAUGCGGCAGGUCUUGCGGGUUACGAUGCUUGUCGGAGAGUGUUUCAAUUUCUGUUUCACCCCCAUUCUCUAUCUGUUCGUUGGGGAGAAAUUCCAGCAGGUCUUCAAGACGUCACUUCUUGCUCUGCUGAAGAGAGGCUUUAUGGAUAUUCCCAUCAUCCCCAUGGACAAUGUCAAUGCCAACGAGGUGGGUCACCAAACCUGUAGCACCGGCAGCUUGGAGCUGAAAAUCGGUUGUGGAAACAAUCCACCAUCUCCCUGA